AAUCACAAAAGUGUGACCUACCCACCACAGCUUUGCUCUAACAAGAAUGAACAUAAAUUGCAUAAACAUCAUUCUCCUUCAAUUUCACGGUCAUAUGAUCACUUGCUCAGGCUCCAUAAUCAUCGUUUUAGUCAGAAUCCCCAACGACCUGAUCGUUCUUUGAUAUGACCAUCUCCUACCUAUUCCUAGUCCUUUUUGCAUCAUCAUUAUCUUCCUUGUUCCAUGUUAGAGGAGAAAUUCAUGUAGUUGGAGACAGUAAUGGAUGGACAAACACCUGCAAAUAUACUGAAUGGACCCAAGAAAAGCUCUUUCACAUUGGAGAUACCCUUGUGUUCAACUAUGAAGAAGGCACACACAAUGUAAUGCAAGUAAACAAGACUGGCUAUGAGAACUGUAUAAGAGAGCCGAUUUUUGGGAUGCUUGUAACUGGCAAUGACUCCAUACAUUUAACAGCGCUCGGGACCUUUUGGUACAUCUGCGGAGUUGGAAAACACUGUGAAUAUGGUCAGAAGCUGAGCAUCACAGUGGUUCCUAUAAAUGAAGAGAAAUGAAGAGUUGGUAUGUGGUGACUGAUCUUGUUUGCAAUAAAAUCUUUGCUAAACAGUAUAGAGGAAAGCUGUCUAGAAUAUAAGGGCUUCAGAGCAAUAAUAAAAGUUCCAGUUUUACAAAGCCCAAUCAGUUUGGAAUUGACAUUCAUUAAUGAACCACAUGGCUAAGAGUGUGUAACUUAAGAAAUGGAAUGUUUGGUUGCUGCACCA